AAAAAAAAAAAAGAGGUCGUCUGUCCCUUCUUCAGAAAGGAUGACUGGUUAGAGGGAAAAGGAAGAGUAGGAAGAGGGAGAGAGGAAGAGACGGAGAGAGUCAGUUCAAUCAGCCUUGUUGGCGGUAGUGUUCUGAGUCGUACAGUUACGGCGACGGCAGGCGGUACUUAGAGGUUCAGGGCGCAGGGACGAUGAUCGGGAACGGAUGAUACAGUAUGACUCUUUCACGUCCACCCGAGAUAGGGAUUUCUGGGCCCGAAUUGGGCAUUUCAUUGCAAAGAUCCGCUUUUUUUCUUUUUUUACUUUCUUAUUACAUUUUUCUUUCUCAUCAAGACAAAUCAUCAUCUUUGGCUUGAUCAUCUGGUUCUUUCGAUAUUUGAUUGUAAUUGUAAUCAUGCCCCGUCGACAUUAUUCAUCGAAUCGAUCACCUCCGGUUUUGAUGUUACUCGGUCACCAUGCAAUACGGUCACUUUCUGCAGUAGUGUCAAGCACUUAAGGGCCGCUCUCGCUCAAUUCCAUGCAUCAUGAUAUUACUCUUAAUAAUAACCUAGAUUUUUUUUUUAUAUCUCGAGACCCCCAGGAUCAUAUCAUGGGAAAAGAAUACAUGGACGAUAAUGUUGUAAUUAAAUCGAUCCCGAUCGGUAUUAUCGUAGUGGAUACCUGAUCCUAUCUCUCCACGAAAAAAGAGCUCUCCAUAUAUCGAUAGUAUGGAGAUAGAGUAUCGGACUUGUACCCUCAUAUCAAAUCCGAAUGACUCGACCGGCACUCCAUCGCGAUAUCGGCAGUAUGAAGAACCUUAGUAAGUACAGCUGUCAACCAUGCUGUCGAACAUGAUAGUUGCAGACCGUACUAAUAAUACAUCCAUGCAUUCCCGUGGGUAAUAUUACGUCUAAUAACAAUAGAGUUAUAAUCAGGGUGCAAAUCAACAAUGGACAACCUGAUAUCCACGACGUAAUAACUAUUCGACAUGAAUCAGGAUGAGAUCCUUCCACCAGUGCAACAGACUGCAACAAUGUUCCCAGCCGCCAAAGAAGUAUGGUUCGGAGCCAGUGCACACACAAUGUUUCUUCUGCCGCGCUCGUCCACGGCCCAAAAGGGUGGUGGUCAGCCAACCACCGCUUCUGGAUU